AGGUUUCACACAUGAUAAGGGUUUCAGUCAUUUGAAAGGUUUCAUUUGCAGGCACCCGAUUCAAGUAUAGUUUUCUUUGGACAACAUUCUAAAACUUAUCUUAAAGGUACUGGUUGGGCAGCAUUUUUGUAUCAAAAUGAAUGAAAGUGAAUUUGAAACAACAACUGAUUAUUCUGAUGAGAGCUGUCAAAAGGCAAAGGUGCUUCAAUUUCAAGCGACUGUCACUCCAAUCGUUUUCACCAUAGUGGUUCUGUUCAGCUGUGUGGGGAACAUGUUGGUCUUGUGGGUUCUUGUGAAAUACGAAAAUCUGAAAUCCCUGACCAACACGUUUCUGUUAAAUCUGGCUCUCUCCGAUUUGAUUUUCACCUUUGGCCUGCCCUUUUGGGCCUACUAUUACAUGUACGGGUGGACUUUUGGAAAUGUGGCAUGUAAAGCAGUUAACUUUGUCUUCUACACCGGAUACUACAGCAGCCUCAUAUUCGUCACAGUUCUGACCGUUCACCGUUACGUGGCCGUUGUGCACCCCAUGUCAGUGCUCUCAUCCAGGAAAAGUCUGCACUGCUAUGUAGCAUCCGCUGUCAUUUGGGUUAUCAGUCUUGGUGCUGCAUUCCCCUACUCCCAAUUUCAAAGAGUUGUGUCGGACCCCAGUGAUGAGAUGACAAAUGUCAUAGAUGUUUUCCAGCACUGUGAAUUUGACCAACAGAUUAACUGGAAGCUUACUGGUACAUACUUGCAAAAUGUCUUUUUCAUUAGUGCAUUCAUAGUCAUCAGUUUUUGUUAUGCCGAAAUCCUGUGGCGGCUGCAUCGACCAACGUCUCACACUCGCGCCAGGACUGUGUGGUUAAUCCUCUGCAUAGUUGUGUUUUUUUUCUUGGGUUGGGGACCGUACAAUGUGGCCAUAUUUCUGGACUCUUUGAUUUCAUGGGGUAUCGCUCCAUUCAAUGAAUGUGAAGUCAGCACCUCUAUUGACUAUAUGAUGCACAUCUCCCGGAUGGUGGCUUUCUCUCACUGCUGCCUGAAUCCCUUGUUUUAUGUCUUCAUGGGAAUCAAAUUUCGAAAUCACCUGAAGAAAAUGUUAUGGACUGUUUGUAAGAAGGACAUGGAUCCUCAGGACCGACACAGCCGGUUCAUUUAUUCAAACGAGGAAGAAAUAUCAAUGUAUUAGUUCUUAAAAUGUAUAAUUGACAGAAUAAAAUGUGAACUGGCCCUUUAAAACAGAGGGCUCGAAUAGUGCAUGUAAAAUUAUAAGAAUUAUUGCAACACUGCACACACUGCUAAAUGUAAAAAUGUUUUUUAUACUUUUGCUGUGCUUUAUAUGUUUUAUAAAACAAAUUGUUUAUUUUUUGCUUUGUUUUGUCAUGUCAAAUGCAUUUAUAUUAAAAAUCUGCUGGGCAAUUUCAUGAAAAUAUAACAUUAUCAUGAAAGGUAAAGUUUUCCCCACACUGGUUUCUCAGAUGUAAAUAUUUGGUGGUUUAAUACCCAUGCAAAGUAACUGUUAAAGUUUUUAAAGCAUUUAACUAUUUUCCAUAGUUAAGAAAUUUCACAAGAAUUGUCACACCCAUAACAAAGAAAUUUCACAUCUAUAACUUUGUUUUUUCCUUAUCAAUGUGCAUACAAAACUUAAAAUAAAAAAUAAGAAAAUAAAAUAAAUAAUAAAUGUUGUUUGAAGACAAUCUCUUCUCCAUUUGUUGGGUGUUAUUGGUUCAGGUUUGUGCAUUUUAAUUUACAGAAUUCCUAUAAAGUAUGUUGCCUCCCAAGCAUUGUCCUUUUCUGUCACAUCCAUAAUGUAUGCAUAUUUCUCUAAUCUAAAAUAGAAAACAUGAGUAUAUAGACUGAUAUUUUUCUGAUGUCUCAACUUGGGGCUUAUGAAAACAUAAACAUUUGUUUAUAUUGGUAAUAAAAGCAUUCUUUUUAAAA